AUGCCUGACCCCAAGCAGGGGCUUGGCACCGGGGUUUCCCAGGCAGAGACGCUGCGCAGCAGCAGUGCGUGGAAGCAAGCUCUGCCAGACUCGUGGUUGGUGCUGGAGGAUAAGAUAGAAGAGCUUCUGAAGGAGGUGACAUUGAAGGAGACGAAGAAGAAGAAGAUUGAUGCCUUCCUCCAUGAGAUUAACAGCCUGCUGAGUGCCAUCCCAGAGACCCCAGAAACUGAACUCACUGACCAGGCCUGGCUCCCCAAGGGUGUGAAGGUCCCGUUCCUGCAGGUGCCGUUCAGCGUGAAGGGCAGGUUCCGCUUCCUGCCCCCAGCCGAGCUGAGGGUGGUGGGCAGCUACCUGCUGGGCACCUGCAUUAAGCCGGAGAUCAACGUGGACGUGGCGGUGACCAUGCCGCGAGAGAUCUUCCAGGACAAAGAUAACCUGAACCAGCGCUACCACCGGAAGAGAGCUCUGUACCUGGCCCGCAUUGCCCAGCAUUUCUCCAAGGAGAAGCUCUUCGGCAGCGUGAAGUUUGCCUACAUGAACAGCAACCAUCUCAAGCCCAUCCUGCUCCUGAGGCCGCAAGGCAAGGAUGAGAAGAUAGUCACCGUCCGACUCCAUGCCUGCCCUGCCCCGGGUCUCUUCAAACCCAGCCGCUUCUAUCCCAGCAAGAACAAUGUCCGGACAGCCUGGUUCAUGGAGCAGAGCACCCCCAACGAAGGAGUCACCGAGCCCCCGACCCCACACUACAACAACUCCAUCCUCUGCGACACGGUGCUGCUGUCCCACCUGCAGUUCUUAUCUAGCGCAGCCACCGACUUCCCGGGCAUGAAGGAUGGCCUGGCCCUUCUCAAAGUUUGGCUGAACCAGCGGCAGCUCAGCAAGGGCUUGGGGUGCUUCAGCGGCUUCUUGGUCUCCAUGCUGGUUGCCUACCUGCUGAUGAAACGCAAGAUCGUGAAGAUGAUGAGUGGGUACCAGGUGCUGAGGAGCACCCUGCAGUUCCUGGCCACCACUGACCUGAGUGUGACGGGGAUCAGCCUAGCGAAGGAUGUGGAUGCCUCCCUGCCUGUCCUGGAUGACUUCCACCAGGCGUUUGAAGUGGUCUUUGUGGAUCCCUCCGGGCUGGUGAACCUCUGUGCUGAUAUGACUGCCAGCAAAUACCACCAGGUCCAGUUCGAAGCCAAGCACUCCAUGGAAAUUUUGGAUGAUCGCAUGGUGGACGGCUUUCAGGUGCUGCUCAUGACUGCGAAGCCCAUGCUCAGAACCUUUGACCAUGUCUUCCACCUGAAGCAUGUCUCCAAGCUGCAGGGUGCCUGCAAGAAGAUGCAGCUGCUGAACGAGCUGAUGGAUUGGGGUGGGAACUACGUGGCUGCAGCCCUUCCUUUUGUUGUCUCGCUGCUGACCCGUGGGCUGGCUAGGAGAGCACUGCUCGUGGCUCACGCCUUGCCCCAGAUCCCUGAGUGGUCAAUUGAUGCUGAGCCCCCGAAACACAAGGAUGUUGGGUCCCUGACAUUUGGGCUCCUGUUUGUCCCUGAGUUUGCUGCCAGCACAUUGGAGAAGGGUCCGCAGGCCGACAGCCCUGAGGCCCUGGACUUCCUCCAGUGCUGACCCAUGUCCUUGGCCUUGCUUGGCCAACAUCCACCCCACAGGCCCUGGACGUUCCAGGAUGGCAGCAUCUGCGAGGCGGUGGUGUGGGAGGCUGACACCAUCUGCCAGAAACGCCUCAUUCCUGAGCAGAUCGUCAGGCACCUGCUGAAGCUCCACACGGACAUUCCUGACUCCUCCAUCUGCUACACUGGAGCCCUGCUGGAGUCUGUGAUCAGGACUGGGCAAGAGGCAUCAGGGACGGGCGAGGAGGCCAUGGUCAGCGUCAUCUGCUCCUACGAUGACCUGAGCCGCAAGCUGUGGAACCUGAAGGAGCUGCCGCUGACGGUGACUGCUGUGCAGGGCGUGCAUCCAGCCCUCCGGUAUACAGAUGUCUUCCCUCCCAUUCCCAUGAAGCCGAUUUAUUCCUUCCAUGCCCGACUCAGGACCAAGCACUUGCUGCUUCCCUCGGAGGAGAAGCCUUGCCCGGCCUACAUGGCCCCUUUGAAGAUCAUCUGCCACAUGGAAGGCAGUGGCCGGUGGCCACAGGACAAAGAAGCCAUCAAGCGCAUCAAGGCGGCUUUCCACCUCCAGCUGGCUGAGCUCCUCCAGGAGCAGCACCAGCUCGUUUGCAGACCUGCGGUUACCCACACCGACGUGUACAAGGAUGGCUACAUUUUCCGUCUCCAAGUAGCCUACCACCGGGAGCCCCUGAUCUUGAAGGAAGUGGUCACCCCUGAAGGGAUGCUGAAGUACCAGGACACAGAGGAGUCUCGGCAGCUGGAGCUGGAGACGUUGCAUCUGCCCUAUCUAACCAGCUCCCUGCAUGGGCUCCAGCAGCAGCACCCCGUCUUUGGCAGCACUUGCCGUCUGGCCAAGCGCUGGGUCCGCGCCCAGCUUCUGAGCGACAACAUCUCUGAGGAGUGUUUGGACCUCCUGGUGGCGUUUCUCUUCCUCCACCCGGCCCCUUUCACACCACCCAGCUCUCCCCAGGUGGGGUUCCUGCGCUUCCUCGACCUGCUGGCAACCUUUGACUGGAAAAACAACCCUCUGAUCGUCAACCUGAACGCUGGCCUCACAGACACUGACUGCACAGAGAUCAAGAACAAGUUUGUGGCUGCUCGCUCUCGCCUCCCCGUCAUGUUCAUCGCCACCCCCAAAGACCAGUGGAGCUCCAUGUGGACCCAAGAGCGACCCUCGGCCCAGAUACUGCAGCGCCUUCUUGUGCUGGCCUCAGAGUCUCUCUGUGCCCUGGAGGAGCAGCUCAUGGACCCGCUCAACAGUCAGGAUGUGAAGAUGGUCUUCCGCCCUCCUUUGGACUCCUACGAUGUCCUAAUCCACCUGAAUCCAAACCAGAUUCCUCGACACCUGGAGGGCGUGGACCGACCGCUAAAGUCGUUUUCUCGGGGUAUGGUGAAGAACAGCACUUCUGUGAAGAUCCUCUUUCCUGUGGUGGACUAUGACCCCGUACAGUGCUACCUCCAGGAGCUGAGAGAUGCCUUCAGUGAUCUUGCCUUGUUCUUCUACGACAAGCAUGGUGGCGAAGUGAUUGCAGUUUUGUGGAAGCCUUUGAGCUUUCAGCCUCAGCCUUUUAAGGUCUCCAGCAUGAAAGGAAGGAUGGUGACAACUCAGAACAGUGAGCUGGUCUGCGUACCCAACAUAGAGGCAAUUCUGGAGGACUUCGAGGUUUUGGGAGAAGGCCUGGUCAAAAGUGUGGAAGCUCGUACAGAGAAAUGGACUAUCUGAGGCCACUGAGAGGGGUCAGAGGCACCCAUCCUGAAGCAGCAUUUGUUCACUGUGGGACUGUUUCUUUUUAAAAAUUAGUCCUAGGAAAAAAGCUUUCAGCUU